AUGGCCCAACUAGAUGUUUUAAUUCGCAAACGUAGUGGCAUGAAAGCCAAACUUACAAAUUUCUCCAAUUAUAUUAGCUCAAUUGGCGCUUCCGGCAUAAUCUCCGAACUUCAACAUGAAUUACAAUGUCGAUUAAAUAAAUACGAGGCAUUAUACGAUCAAUUCGAUGAAUUACAGGUGGAGAUUGAGGUGUGUUCCGACAAGCCAGAGGACGAAUACGAGGAACGUUCAAAAUUCGAAGAGCGUUAUUACGCGCUGAUGGCGCAAGCGCGCAAUCUGCUGUGCAGCGAUGGUGCAGCAGAUGACGGCCGCUCUGUUGCAGGUUCGAUAUGCAAACAAGCAGCUAUGGUGAAAGUGAUUGACGACAACGGCAACAGCAUGGACGCACGGCUUCUACUCGAUAACGGCAGUACGGCAAAUUUUAUAACGCAGUCGCUUUGCAGUAAACUAAAAUUAUCUACACGUUCCCCGUGGGCCCAUCACACUGCUUCUUUGAACAAAGGUGUUCAACCCGGGGAGGAUGUUCGCGCCCGAGAUGCGGGCAACCCUAUAAGCGGGCGGAGCGGCGUGCGGGGAAGAAACGUCACUCAAAAUCUCAACCGGCUGCCGAUGCAUACGCGCACCGUAUAAUUUGUCUUUUUGCAACUUUGUAAUCCGAAAAUAAACCAUUAAAACCAACCAUCUGUGUUUGGCCU